AUGGCACAGCCCGCAUCAUCAUCUAGCCUCAACCAGGCCCAGCAACCCACCACCGCCGCCUCCUACCUCGAUCUCGGCAUCACCCUCGCGAUCAACAACUGGCCCGCUCUGACGAUGGCCGUACAGUCGAAUUGGGGCGGUCCCACCUCGUCCGACAAGCGCGACUGGCUCUGCGGCGCCAUCUCAGAGAUGAUCAACGAGCGGCCCGAGACCGACGCAAUCGAUCUCGAGGACGUGCUGAUCCAGGUAAUGAACGACGAGUUCGACGUGGUGGUGGAUGACGAGAGUACGGGUCCUGUUGCGGCGCAGAUCAUGGCAAUUCGCGAGCAGACGGCGAUGGGCGAUUUUGCGCUUGUGCAGGAGAUGUGGGAGGCGUGGCAGAAGAAGAGCCAGACAAGGGAUAAUGUUGCUGCGGCCUUCCAGAGGGUCGAGGCUGAGGAUGACAACCAGGAGACGGAUGAUGAUGAGGAAGACGAUGACGAGGACGUUGAUAUGGGCGACGCUCCUGAGCUGGUGCGGGCGCCUCGGGAAAAGGUGGAGCCUGAAGUUGACGAGGACGGCUUCACCAAGGUCGUUGGAAAGAAGAGACGAUGA